CUGGGACCUUUUUCAGGAAUUUUACUCGCGGAUCUGCGUGUUCACUGGAAAAGAAGUUGCUUCUGAAUGCGACAUUGGAGAUCUCUACAGCUUCUGCGGAUGCAACAUUUAGUUCGGAAUCAGUGAAGUCAUCCUCUGUUGGCAUCCAAGCUGAGGAGGAGCUAUUGCGAUGGAGUCAGAAGGAGAAACCGGGGGAAAGCCAAUGAAAAAUCUGGGUGGUCAAGUCUGCCAGAUCUGUGGUGAUAACGUUGGCAAAAGAGUUGACGGCGAGCCAUUUGUUGCUUGCGAUGUCUGUGCAUUUCCUGUCUGUAGGCCAUGCUAUGAGUAUGAGAGGAAGGAUGGGAAUCAGUCAUGUCCUCAAUGCAAAACCAGAUACAAGAGGCACAGAGGAAGUCCUGCUAUUCUUGGUGACCAAGAAGAAGAUGCUGAUGUUGAUGAUAGUGUGAGUGAUUUCAAUUACUCAGAAAAUCAAAAUCUAAACCAGAAGACUGAAGAGCGCAUCUUGAGUUGGCACAUGCGGUAUGGACAGAAUGAGGACGUGAGUGCUCCAAACUAUGAUAAGGAGGUUUCUCACAACCAUAUUCCUCGACUUACGAGUGGCCAAGAGGUUUCUGGGGAGUUAUCUGCUGCUUCACCUGAACACCUCUCUGUGGCGUCUCCUGAUGUUGGUGCUGGGAAGCGCAUCCAUUCUCUACCUUAUGUAGCCGAUGCUAAUCAAUCGCCUAACAUCAGGGUUGUGGACCCAGCGAGGGAAUUUGGUUCAUCAGGACUGAACAACGUUGCCUGGAAGGAGAGAGUUGAUGGCUGGAAAAUGAAGCAAGAGAAGAAUGUAGCUCCAAUGAGCACUGCCCAGGCUACUUCCGAAAGAGGAGGUGGUGAUAUCGAUGCCAGCACCGAUGUGCUUGUGGACGACUCUUUACUGAAUGACGAAGCCAGGCAGCCGCUUUCAAGGAAGGUCUCUGUUCCAUCAUCAAGGAUAAAUCCAUAUAGAAUGGUUAUAGUCCUGCGGCUUAUCAUUCUUUCCAUCUUUUUGCACUACCGAAUAACAAAUCCUGUGCCCAAUGCCUUUGCUCUGUGGUUAAUAUCUGUGAUUUGUGAGAUUUGGUUUGCAAUAUCUUGGAUAUUGGAUCAGUUCCCGAAGUGGUUUCCAGUAAACCGUGAAACGUAUCUUGACAGACUAGCCAUUAGGUAUGACAGAGAAGGAGAACCAUCACAGUUAGCUGCUGUUGACAUCUUUGUCAGUACUGUCGACCCACUAAAAGAACCUCCUCUUGUGACAGCAAAUACUGUACUCUCCAUUCUUGCUGUUGACUACCCAGUUGACAAGGUCUCAUGCUAUGUGUCCGAUGAUGGAGCUGCUAUGUUAACUUUUGAGGCCCUUUCUGAAACAUCAGAGUUUGCAAGGAAAUGGGUUCCUUUCUGCAAGAAGUAUAGCAUUGAACCUCGAGCCCCCGAAUGGUACUUCGCUCUGAAAAUCGACUACUUGAAGGACAAAGUUCAUCCAUCAUUUGUCAAAGAUCGCAGAGCUAUGAAGAGAGAAUAUGAAGAAUUUAAAGUCCGUAUAAAUGGACUUGUUGCCAAGUCACAGAAGAUUCCUGAGGAAGGAUGGAUUAUGCAAGAUGGGACACCAUGGCCAGGAAAUAACACAAGAGACCACCCUGGAAUGAUUCAGGUUUUCUUAGGGCAAAGUGGAGGUCUUGAUGCUGAGGGUAAUGAGCUGCCACGUUUGGUCUAUGUUUCUCGUGAAAAACGUCCGGGCUUCCAACAUCACAAGAAAGCUGGUGCUAUGAAUGCUCUUGUGCGAGUCUCAGCUGUCCUCACUAAUGGACCUUUCUUGUUGAAUCUUGAUUGUGAUCACUACAUAAACAACAGUAAGGCAUUGAGAGAAGCCAUGUGUUUCUUGAUGGACCCUAACCUUGGGAAACAUGUGUGUUACGUUCAAUUUCCACAGAGAUUUGACGGUAUUGAUAGAAAUGACAGAUAUGCCAAUCGCAAUACCGUGUUCUUUGAUAUAAACUUGAGAGGUUUAGAUGGCAUCCAAGGUCCUGUUUAUGUUGGAACUGGGUGUGUGUUCAAUAGAACAGCCUUAUAUGGUUAUGAACCUCCUCACAAGCCAAAGCAUAAAAAGUCAGGAUUCCUGUCUUCUCUCUGUGGUGGAUCACGAAAGAAAUCAAGAUCAAGUAAAAAGGGCUCUGACAAGAAGAAGUCUAGCAAACAUGUAGAUCCAACCGUGCCUAUCUUCAGCCUGGAAGAUAUAGAAGAGGGAGUAGAAGGUGCUGGAUUUGAUGAUGAAAAGUCGUUACUUAUGUCGCAAAUGAGCCUAGAGAAGAGGUUUGGUCAGUCUGCUGUCUUUGUGGCCUCUACACUUAUGGAGAAUGGUGGUGUUCCUCAAUCUGCUACUCCAGAAACCCUUCUUAAAGAGGCUAUUCAUGUCAUCAGUUGUGGUUAUGAGGAUAAAUCAGACUGGGGAAGUGAGAUUGGAUGGAUCUAUGGGUCUGUCACAGAAGAUAUUCUUACAGGAUUCAAGAUGCAUGCCCGUGGUUGGCGGUCAAUCUACUGCAUGCCAAAACGUCCUGCAUUUAAAGGGUCUGCUCCUAUUAAUCUUUCUGAUCGGUUGAACCAGGUGCUUCGAUGGGCUCUAGGUUCUAUUGAAAUUCUUUUUAGUCGCCAUUGUCCCAUCUGGUAUGGAUACGGUGGUAGGCUUAAAUGGCUUGAGAGGUUUGCAUAUGUCAACACUACCAUUUAUCCUAUCACUGCCAUACCUCUUCUGAUGUAUUGUACCCUGCCAGCUGUCUGCCUGCUGACAAACAAGUUUAUCAUUCCACAGAUCAGUAACAUUGCCAGUAUUUGGUUCAUUUCGCUCUUCCUUUCCAUUUUUGCCACUGGUAUCCUGGAGAUGAGGUGGAGUGGUGUUGGAAUUGAUGAAUGGUGGAGGAAUGAGCAAUUUUGGGUUAUUGGUGGAGUGUCGGCCCAUCUUUUUGCCGUCUUCCAGGGCCUGCUCAAAGUCUUGGCUGGAAUUGACACCAACUUUACUGUUACCUCCAAAGCAUCGGAUGAAGAUGGGGAUUUUGCCGAACUCUACAUGUUCAAGUGGACAACUCUUCUCAUCCCUCCCACUACACUCCUCAUCAUAAACUUGGUCGGGGUCGUGGCCGGGAUCUCUUACGCCAUCAAUAGCGGAUAUCAGUCGUGGGGUCCACUUUUUGGUAAGCUGUUCUUUGCAUUUUGGGUGAUCAUUCACCUGUACCCCUUCCUCAAAGGUCUGAUGGGACGCCAGAAUCGCACACCGACCAUUGUAGUUGUUUGGUCGAUCCUCCUAGCAUCCAUUUUCUCUCUUCUGUGGGUGCGUAUUGAUCCCUUCACGACCCAAGUGACUGGACCUGACGUCGAGCAGUGUGGAAUCAACUGCUAAUAAAAGUACACAGAUGGGGAAACUGUAAGAUCCGAAAUUGGUUACUCCCCACUAAGCUAAAGUUGUUAAGGUGAGGGUAACCUUUUUCCGUCAUUAGAGGUACCCACCUGGCUGGCUGCAAAGUGCAAUCUUGUUUGUUGUUGAUUGUAAGAUUUAUUUAUUUGUGGAUAGAUAGGCUGUGAGAGUUUUUGUUUCGAAGGUCAUAAGUUAAUGUGCAUUAGUUGGAGGAUCUGUAUUUUGGCUUCCCUUUGACUGCUGCCGAGACAGUUAAUGUAUUGUGCUCAUGAACAGCUGAUACAUUGUAUUUGCUCA